AUGCUAGAACAUGCUGAUGUAUUCUUGUUCACUGUGACCUUACCUCUCUGCAUUGUAGACCUGUGGAACCAGGCAGAUGUCAGCCAUGGAUAUCUAAAAGAGGCUGUAUCCCAGAGGCAAUGAGAUCACUUAUCAUUCGGACCUGGGCGCGUUUCUUUGAGUCUGCUGGAAGGAGCCGAGGCCCGGGUCUGGUCUCAUCGAUGUACUGGAUCACUGCCAGCUGUGUGAGCAAGAAAUUCUCAUUAGAGUCCCACUUAAAGCUGGCUCUAUGUGCUACUCCUCCUCAGUUCCCACCACUAAACUGUUUAUCGAUGGCAAAUUUGUUGAAUCCAGUACUUCAGAUUGGCUGGAUAUUCACAAUCCUGCUACCAAUGAGGUGAUUGCACGUGUACCCAAAGCUACCAAGUCGGAGAUGUUGGCUGCUGUGGACUCGUGUUCCAAAGCCUUUCGGUCGUGGUCUGACACCUCCAUCUUGGCUCGGCAGCAGGUUUUUCUGCGCUAUCAGCAGCUUAUCAAGGACAACAUCAAAGAACUUGCCAAGGCCAUCACACUGGAACAGGGAAAGACCCUUGCAGAUGCAGAGGGGGAUGUGUUCAGAGGACUGCAGGUUGUGGAGCAUGCCUGCAGCAUUACCUUUCUGAUGCUAGGGGAAACCCUGCCCUCCAUCACCAAGGACAUGGACACCCAUACAUACCGCUUGCCCCUCGGGGUGUGUGCCGGCAUCGCCCCCUUCAACUUCCCUGCCAUGAUCCCUCUGUGGAUGUUCCCCAUGGGUAUGGUGUGCGGCAACACCUACCUGAUGAAGCCUUCGGAGCGGGUACCAACCUGCACCAUGCUGUUGGCCAAGCUGCUGCAGGAUGCUGGUGCUCCAGAUGGGACGCUCAAUGUCAUUCACGGCCAACAUGACGCUGUGAAAUUCAUCUGUGACCAUCCAGCCAUCAGGUCAAUCAGCUUUGUUGGCUCAAACCGAGCCGGGGAGUAUAUAUACGAGAGGGGCUCUAAAAAUGGCAAGAGGGUUCAGUCAAACAUGGGAGCCAAGAACCAUGGUGUGGUGAUGCCUGAUGCCAACAAAGAGAACACUCUGAACCAACUUGUGGGUGCAGCGUUCGGGGCAGCGGGACAGCGCUGCAUGGCUCUGUCCACAGCCAUCUUGGUGGGUGAGGCACGGAGCUGGCUGCCAGAGCUGGUCGAACGUGCCAAGGGUCUGUGCGUGAAUGCAGGAGACCAGCCUGGUGCAGAUGUGGGGCCUCUAAUCUCUCCCCAGGCCAAGCAGAGAGUCUGCAGUCUGAUUCAGAGUGGGGUGGAUGAGGGAGCAAAGUUGCUUCUGGAUGGCCGAAACGUUAAGGUCAAGGGUUAUGAGGAAGGCAACUUUGUGGGUCCCACCAUCCUCAGCAAUGUCACACCUGAGAUGAAGUGCUACACUGAAGAGAUCUUUGGUCCUGUGUUGGUUGUUCUUGAGGCAGACACUCUAGAUGAUGCCAUCAGUUUGGUUAACAGAAACCCUUAUGGCAAUGGUACAGCUAUCUUCACCACAAAUGGCGCCACUGCACGCAAAUACACUCACGAUGUGGAUGUGGGCCAGGUUGGAGUCAAUGUUCCCAUUCCUGUGCCGCUGCCAAUGUUCUCCUUUACGGGCUCAAGAGGAUCCUUCAGAGGGGAUGUGAACUUCUACGGCAAACAGGGCAUCCAGUUUUACACACAACUCAAAACUGUAACUUCACAAUGGAAAGCUGAAGAUGCUACUUUGCAAAGCCCUGCAGUUACCAUGCCCACUAUGGGCCGCUAAAGGCUUAGAGUGCUGCUCUUCAGUCAGAUAAACCACAACACCUACAAUAAUUAACCCUUCUUUUGGGCACAGAACAGACUUAAGUUCAAUGUGAAUAGUUAAAGUAUAUUAUAGAACUCCCCUCCCCUCAAUGAUUUAAUACUAAACAUGUAUAGAAGCUCUGAAAAUGUAAACCACUGAGCUUCAGCAAUGUUUGUUUGGAGCAAUGUCAUUUCCUCAAAUAAAAUUUGCAUCAAAACCUGUGUACUUACUUCGAGUGGAGUGUGCAUAAUCUCCAUGAAUGAAGGUUGCCAUGGACACACUGCAUUGUACCCACCCCCCCGUGGCCCACCAUCCAAUUAUUUACAGAUUUUGUAUAUUACCUGGACCAUAGUCAAAAAGUACUUCCUAACUGAUUGAAAUGAUCUUUAAACAGGCUAAAUGUUUGAAAGCAAGGAAUCACAAGCCAUAUGUGUACUCACUCACUGGCCAUUUUAAUAAGUACACCUGUACAACACUUCCACCUUAACAUCUGUUUAUAAAGCUCAAAAUGUUUGU